AUGGCAGAUUGGGAGAAGAUCCGGUAUGCGAGUUUCUUGUUUAAGAGUGAUGCCUGGAUAUGGUGGGAGUUGAUGGAGGAGACUCAUGAUGUAGCCAUGAUGACCUUGGGAGAUUUCAGACGACUUUUUGAGGGAAUCAGUUCAGUGAAGGAAUACUCCAUUAGAUUUAAUUCCUUGGCGAGGUUUGCACCAGGUAUAAUGAGCACACCAAAGUUGAGGAGGGAUAAGUUUGUGCAUGGGUUGAAUCCAGAAAUAGCCCGAGAUGUGAUGGUAGGUGCCCAGCCCCCUCAGACUUAUAGUGAGGCUUUGGAGCGAGCUUUGCGAGCCAAAGUAUUUGUUAAUAAGUUGACUUCAUCGACUCCAUCAACAGUAGUGUCCAAUAUUCCACCUCCCGCUCUACAGAGAGACAGAUUUGAUACCCCCAAUAGUAGAGAAGGGAAGAAUAAGAAAAGAUUUCAGUCAAAGAAGAACAAGAGGGAUGGGAAGAACAAACGGCCAAGAACUAUUGAGUUUCCCCAAUGUCAGAAAUGCGGGAAAUAUCAUCUGGGAGAGUGUCCCAAAGGUGUGUGUUUUAGAUGCCGACAACCCGGACAUAUGAUGAAAGAUUGUAAGGCUCCUCCUACACCCACAGCACAGACAUCCAGAGGUACUAAUGCUCAGGUAUUCACGGUUGCACAGAGUGAAGCCGAGGCCAGCCCAUUGGUGGUUACUGGUCAGUUAUUAUUUCAUUCAGUUUCCCUUUAUGCAUUAGUUGAUUCUAGAGCACCACACUCAUUUAUUACACAUGGGAUAAUAGAGAGAUUGGGUUUGAAACCUAUUACAGUAGAACAACCCAUUAAGAUAGAAUUGCCAGAUGGUGAUAGUGUGGUUAAAGUAGAGCACCAGAGACCAUCAGGACUACUUCAGCCACUUAGCAUUCUUGAAUGGAAAUGGGAAGAUAUAUUGAUGGAUUUCAUUACAGGCCUUCUAAGAGUUCAAAAGGGUUAUAAUGCGCUAUGGGUGAUAGUAGACAGAUUAACCAAAUCAACGCAUUUUCUUGCAGUAAGGGACAGUACCACCUCAGAGCAGUUGACCUAG